AUGCAGCAAGAUGUUGUCGUUGGUGUAGGUGCUGCAGUGGUGUCGGCUAUUACUUACGGCUCUACGUAUGUACCUGUUCGCUGGUUCGAAACUGGAGACGGGCUGUACUUCCAAUGGAUGAUGUGCAUUGGUCAGUCACUGUUUGGUGCCAUUGUUCUCGGUGUUACUGGUUGGCCACCGGUGUUUCCUUUUGCCAUGCUUUCGGGAGUUUUCUUCGCCAUCGGUAACGCGCUCACGAUCUACAUUAUGGAUGGAAUAGGUAUGGCAGUAGGCUCAUUACUAUGGAACACCGUCACUUGCGUCACCGGAUGGGCUGUGACGCGAUUCGGUCUGCUGGGGAAUCCACAACAGCUCCCUCAUGAUAACGUCAUGAACAUUAUCGGUGUUGGAACAGUAUGCAUAGGUGGAUGCUUUUUCGCCACGAUAAAGCACCAUCGAAUGAAAGUUCGACCUGCGCCUUGGCAGACAAAGCCAGAACAGACGAUUAUCCUUCGAAGUUGUGGAUGA